UUAUACGGGCCAGUGCUCUUCCGCACCGCUCGCCAAGGGUUUAAAAGAGGUCUAAACAAAUUGUUUAGUUUUUCUUGUUCCCUGUGCUUGUAUUGAACUGCUCUUGUCACAAUUAACAAAGCAAACAAACAGUUUUGGUCAAGCACUUCACAGAACCUUCAUCGCGUGUUCUUCGGAAGCGAGGCGCCUAACUACGUUUUUUAUUUGCGUGGGAACUGACUAAAAUCUGUUUGCCGGGGAAGUACACCAAGGCACGUAUUGCAGAUGACGCGUGAACCAGUACACGUCUGUGCUGCUUAUAUAAGUGGUAAGCCUUCAGUUAGUGAACUUCAAUCAGCAUCAAACUUUGGAGCAGCUUUGUCAGUUCUCAAACUGGAACACUUUUUUUGUAGUUGGUAAAGAGUAUAACACGGCCCUCGAAAUAUGCGGGCCACAACCAUUUUGGGUUUCUUGUUGUCAGCCGUCCUUAGCCUAUGUUCAGCGGACAUUUACCUCCACUUUCCUCACGGUAGCAACAAUAGACUGAACGGUAACGGCGCAAAUGUCAGGAAUGCCAACAGGCUGUUUGACUCUCAGAACAAUGGUAAAGCCGGUUACAAUGUUGGAGACAGCGGAAUUAACGCCACUAAAAACAACAUAACGGAAACGAGGCAGCGUCCAUUGGAAUUUUUCAUGAGCGGUUGUGAAAAGGAAGAAAAAACUGAGGUUGAAAUUAUGUGGACAAAUCAACAUGGAACUGGACCAAAGAGUGAAGAUAUAGUGGAAUCACAAAUCAUCCUGCAGUACAUGUGUCAACCAUAUCCUCAAGGAAACGUAACUAAUAUCAAUGAAGAUUUCCAGCCGUACACCAUCCGUAAUGGUGCUUUACGUAACACGCAAGUAUUCAGUGUCAUUAGAAAAGAAGCUGAUGUAGUGAAUAAAGAGCGUGGAUUGCAUGAGCCUUUAGAAUACUACAGAGCCUCACUGCGCAGACACAGAAACAAAGGUUUGUUUACCGCUAAUCAAAACCUAAAAGGUGACAGUGCAAAAUUCACGAGACAGAACGCAAAUGGGAAGAGAAGGGGGUAUGAAGUACCAGAGGAACGUGAUUACUAUCCCUACUGGGGCCCAACCCCUUGGAAGGACAUUGCAAUCAUGGCCAGUGACGAAAAAACAAAAGGAUUGAUAAGAGAAUAUGUAAACAGUCCAAAUUAUGGCGAAAAGGGGUUGUGCAUUUUAAAGAAUGGUGUAAAAAUUGGUCGUCGCCGAAAUCUCUGUCCAAGAAUACCUCCAGUUAACAGACGAAACACGGAGUGCGUGGCCAAGUUCAUUACACAGGCCUUGUGCGAAAAUGCAGGAGGAAAGUGGACCGUGGUAAAAACGAACUUUAAAGAAAAGUUAUCCGGCGUCAAUUCUUGUGCCAACAUUAAUACUGUCAAGGGCGUGGCGUAUGAGCCUCAUCUGAUAACACAGGGUACAGGCGAGGGCGAGCAGGAUCUUGUUCUGGCAGACCCCCCUGAGGUUUUAGAUGCUCCAUCUACAGUUGUGAAUCACAAUGGCAUGAACUUGGAUGGGAAGUUUUCUUCAUACAAAUGGAGGAUUCCUCACUUUCCCUCGAACACUAUUCAGCGAUGCGUGUUGAGAAUCAGAUAUAACAUCACAACAAAAGAUGUACCGAGGAGUUUUUAUGCUUCAAAUAACAAAGAUGUUACAAAUGAUCCUUCAACGCUGGCAACUGAUGGAAAAACCAACCUGCAAUUAGCCUUGAACACUGCUCAAUUAGGCCGUACAUUCCAAGACAGAACGCAUGUAAUCUACUUGAAGCCUAGAAGCUUGUUACCCAAACGAUUCCAGAAUUCCAAAAUCUUCUACAUUGGGGGAAUGGGAAAGCGAGGAAACAUCGUGCAGGCUUAUCCAGCCAUGGAAUAUCGCUUCACUCCUGAACGUAUUAAUGUUACAACGGAAGAUGUUGUGUGUUUCGCUUGGUCAGGUUCCAAUGACAAUCGGAAUAAUGUUGCAGGAGAAGGGCAGAGAGGAUCAGACAGAACAAACGUGUGCUGGGUGAAGGAAGGAUGCCAGUCUCUAAAACCGAAGGCUUGUUCGAGCUUGCCUCUUGAAGUAGUCGAUCAGGCUGAUGUGUUUUCUGCUGACAAGUUGAAUCUUCACCUCAACACUGGAUGUUACAGCGGUAGCGAAAACAUCCUGCAGGCUCAACUGAACAAUGCCCCAGCCUCCUGCAACCCGCCUUGCUUCCGUAUCAAGAGGCCUGGGACAUACUGUUACAUGAGCACGCGCAAUAACAACUUCUCCAACCGCCGUCACAUGGGACAGAUCACCGUUACAAAUAUGCAGGCCGUACUCACUUAUGGUUUUUUGUUGUCGAUAUUCGUUUAUCUGUGUUCGGGGGAUAUAUACCUUCAUUUCCCCCAUGGUAGCAACAACAGAUUGAACGGGAACCGGGCAAAUGUGAGGAAUGCUAACAGGCUUUUCAACUCACAGAACAAUGGUAAAGCCGGUUACAACGUCGGUGACAGCGGAAGUAACAAUCCAGGAGAAAACAUUGCCGAAACAAGGCAGCGUCCAUUGGAGUUUUUCAUGAGCGGCUGUGAAGAGAAGGCAAAAACUGACGUUGAAAUUAUGUGGACAAACCAACAUGGAACUGGACCAAAGAGUGAAGAUAUAGUGGAAACACAAGUCAUUCUGCAGUACAUGUGUCAACCUUUUCCCGAAGGAAAGGUUACGAGUGUCAACAAUGACUUUCAGCUUCAUACCAUUCGUAAUGGUGGGAACCGCAACACUCAAGAGUUCAGAUCCAUUGAAGCUCUAAAUGGCAGGAUCAAAAAAGACCGCGGACUACAUGAACCAGAGGGAUAUUACCACGCUUAUUUCAGGAGGUCCAGAAACAAAGGUUUGUUUACCGCUGAUCAAAACCUAAGAGGUGACAGAGCAAUUUUCACCAGACAGAACCCAAAUGGGCAGAGAAGGGGAUUGGAAGUACCAGAGGAACGUGAUUACUAUCCUUACUGGGGCCCCACCCCCUGGAAGGACGUUGCUCUCAUGGUCAGCGACCGAGCAACAGAAAGCCUGAUGAAGGGUUAUGUAAACAGUCCUGAGUACGGUAAAAAGGGGUUGUGCAUUAUGAAGAAUGGUGCCAGAAUUGAUCGUCGGCGACAUUCCUGUCCAAGAAUACCACCCAAUAACAGGCAAGCCGCCGAAUGUGUGGCCAAGUACAUUACAAAGGAGUCGUGCGAAGAGCGAGGAGGAACGUGGACCAUACUAAGAACAGACGUUAAAGAGAAGUUUUCCGGCGCCAAACCUUGCGCCAACGUUAAGACCGUCAAGGGCGUGGCGUAUGAGCCUCAUCUGAUAACGCAGGGUACAAAAGAGGGCGAGCAAGAUCUUGUUCUAACAGACCCCCCCGAGGUGAUUUACGCACCAUCCACAGUUGUGAAUCACAAUGGCAUGAACUUGGAUGGGAAGUUUUCUUCAUACAAAUGGAGGAUUCCUCACUUUCCCUCCAACACUAUUCAGCGAUGCGUGUUGAGAAUCAGAUACAACAUCACAACAAGCGAUGUACCAAGGAGCUUUAAUACUUCAAACAAUGAUGACGUAAAAAAUGAUCCUACAACACUUACCGCUAACGGAAAAGCCAAGCUUCAACUGGCCUUGAACACAGCUCAACUGGGUCGUACAUUCCAAGACAGGACACAAGUAAUCUACCUGAAGCCAAGAACAUCGUUGCCUCAACGAUUCCAGAAUUCUAAAAUCUUCUACAUCGGAGGAAUGGGAAAGAGAGGAAACAUCGUUCAGGCUUAUCCAGCUAUGGAAUAUCGCUUCACCCCUGAACGUAUCACUGUUUCUACAAAUGAUGUCUUGUGCUUCGCUUGGUCAGGUUCCAACAAUAAUCCAGACAAUGCUGGUGAAGGACAAGCAAGAUCAGACAGAACAAAUGUGUGCUGGGUAAAGGAAGGAUGUCAAUCUCUUAAACCAAAAGCUUGUUCGAGUCUACCUCUUGAAGUGGUUGAUCAGGCUAAUGCGUUUUCUGCUGACAAGUUGAAUUUUCACCUCAACACUGGAUGUUACAGCGGUAACGAAAACAACCUGCAGGCUCAACUGAACAACGCUCCAGCCUCCUGCAACCCACCUUGCUUCCGCAUCAGGAAGCCUGGGACAUACUGUUACAUGGGCACGCGCAAUAACAACUUCUCCAACCGCCGUCACAUGGGACAGAUCACCGUCACUUAAAGUAGUUCAUUGGGGUGAAUGGAGCUAACACUGUUGGGAAUCAAUUUUCCGACAUUGUAGGGAAUUGUUUAUGAUUCCAUUAAACAGUAUUUCCCUUAAA